UAUCUAUUAUAUAAAAAUAAGUCCGGUUUUCCUCCCUGACGCUAUAACUCCAGAACGCACGAACCGAUUUCCACGGUUUUGCAUUCGUUGGAAAGGUCUUGGGCUCCGUGAGGUUUAUAGCAAAGAAAAUUCUGGAAAAUUCAGGAAAAAUUCAACAGAAAAGUGGGGAAAUCGUUUUUUUCACAUACAGCGCCAUCUAUUAUACAUAGCAUGUACUUCAAACCAAUAGCAACGGUGCGUGAUAAAGUGUGUGACAGAUAGUCAUUAUUCUCUGCUCAGUUAAUUUCAUUUAAGCUCAGUGUAAAUUAUGUGGAUCGUGCAUUUGAAGUUAAAUUCAACACUCUGUCCAUAGUCCAAAAUGCCUAGAGAACGACGUGCGAACAUCGGCCGCCGCACAAGACAUGCAAGCCAGCAACAAGUCUAUUCAAGGAACUUAAGAGAAGAAAGACAAAAUAUAAUAAGAGAAAAUGACCGAUUGAGACAUCGCGUGAGCACACGAAGAUCAUUGGCAUCAUACAAUCGCUUGGCAUUCCAAUAUGAUCCCACUGCGAACUACAGUGAUGAUGAAAAUUUGGAUAUUGGACGAAUGACGACUAUAUGCCGAUAUUGCAAUGCGGUAAAGUUCAAAAGAGAAACGGUUGGAUUGUGCUGCGCAAGUGGAAAAGUCAAACUGGAUCCAUUACUUACACCACCACAGCCACUGAAAACAUUGUUUGAUGGAAGUGAUCCCGAUUCCAGCCAUUUUCUUCAACACAUCCUUGAAUACAAUAACUGCUUUCGCAUGACUUCCUUUGGAGCUAAUAUCAUUCGAGAAGGCGGCUUCAUGCCGACUUGCAAGAUACAAGGUCAAAUAUAUCAUUUGCAUGGUUCAAUGGUGCCAACACCAGAUGAACCGCAUCAAUUUCUGCAAAUAUAUUUCAUUUCGUCGAUGGUGGAUCAGCUGAACGUGCGGUGCAAUAUACAGGGAGCACAACAGUUAAAGAGACGAAUUAUUGAACAGUUGCAAGCAUUUUUUCACGCUAAUAAUGCUGUGGUUAAUAUGUUCAAAACAGCAUUGGAACGAAUGCCAUCGGAUACGCACAAAUUUGUCAUAAGAGCGGAUUGUACUCCAACAGGUGAACAUGUGCGAAGAUUCAAUGCACCCACCGUUAAUGAUGUUGCUGCAAUUAUUGUUGGCGAUCCAACUAAAUCACGAGACAUUGUCGUUCAGCGAAGAAGCAAUAUCAUGCAUCGUGUAAACGAGACACAUCGUUUGUACGAUGCGUUACAAUAUCCAAUCAUUUAUUGGCAAGGGCAAGACGGAUACGACAUCACGUUGAAGAUGGUCGAUCCAAUUACAGGAGUAUCAACGAAUAAUAAAAAUCUAAGCGCAAUGAAUUACUAUGCGUAUCGUAUGAUGAUUCGUACACAUGAGGAGAAUGUCAUUCUGAAGUGCGGUCGGCUAUUCCAGCAAUUCGCUGUCGACAUGUAUGUCAAAGUCGAGACCGAACGUUUAGCGUUCAUCAGAUUCAAUCAGCCAAAGCUACGAUCUGAGGACUAUAUACACUUGCGUGAUGCUAUUCAUUCAGAUGGUGAUGUUCAGAAUAUUGGACGACUGACGAUUCUCCCAUCAACUUAUAUCGGAAGCCCACGCCACAUGCACGAAUACGCUCAAGACGCUAUGACGUACGUGCAAAAUUAUGGAACUCCGGAUUUAUUUAUUACGGUCACAUGCAAUCCGAAGUGGACGGAAAUUGAACGCGAGUUGGAACCGGGUCAAAAACCGCAAGAUCGCCAUGACAUAAUCGCCAGAGUAUUUCAGCAAAAACUCAAGGUUAUGAUGGAUGUGCUUACUAAGUAUCGAGUUUUUGGUGACACACGUUGUUAUAUGUACUCGGUGGAAUGGCAGAAGCGUGGACUACCGCAUGCUCAUAUCCUAAUUUGGUUGCUGAACAAAUUACAUUCAAAUGAAGUGGAUGACAUCAUAUCAGCUGAAAUUCCUGAUCCAGUCACUGAUCCCCGUCUACACGACAUUGUGACGACACAGAUGGUGCAUGGACCGUGCGGUGCAUUAAAUCCAUUAUCGCCUUGCAUGGCUGAUGGAAAGUGCACAAAACGAUAUCCGCGACCGUUAGUUGCUGAAACAGUCACAGGGAACGAUGGAUAUCCAGUUUAUCGUCGGCGUUCAAAAGAAGAUAACGGUCGAACUAUCAAAGUUAAAGUUCAAAAUCAAGAGAUUGAGAUCGGAAAUGAAUUCAUUGUACCAUAUUGCCCGCUGCUAUCACGAAUUUUCGAAACACAUGCAAACGUUGAGAGUUGUCAUUCGGCCAAAUCAAUCAAAUAUUUGUGCAAGUACGUCACAAAAGGCAGCGACAUGGCUGUGUUUGGUAUUGCGUCGGAAAAUGUGAAUGACGAAAUCAGCAACUUCCAAAUGGGCAGAUACGUCAGUACUAAUGAAGCACUGUGGCGAUUAUUGUCAUUUCAAAUUCAUGAAAGAUAUCCCACAGUUGUACAUUUAGCAGUGCAUUUGGAAAAUGGCCAAGAGUUUACUUCACUGAGGCUAAUGCGGCACAACGAGCUGAGAGACCACCAUCGACAACAUUGA